GGGACCUCGCGGUCCGUGACCGACAGCUCUUGUGACGGUAAAUGCGGACAUUUUUAUCGACUUAGAAAGUAGCAGCAAAAAGUGAAGUAAUGUUAAGGUAGCUGGGUAGUUGAAAAGCACAACGACUUUGGCAGAGAGGACUAACUGUUUUAUUCCGUGGGAGGAGAGUCACUGAUUUGUCAUCAUGCCUUUGGUUAUGCGGAAUAUCGAGCCGCGGCACCUGUGCCGUCAGACCCUGCCCACGGCGGUGAAGAGUGAGCUGGAGUGUGUGACCAACAUCACACUGGCUAACAUCAUUCGCCAACUCGGCUCCCUCAGCAGGUUUGCGGAAGAUGUGUUUGGCGAGUUGUUUGUCCAGGCCAGCUUGUUUGCAGACAGGGUGAAUACCCUUGGUGAAAGAGUGGACAAACUUCAGGUCAAAGUCACCCAGCUGGACCCCAAAGAGGAAGAGGUUUCACUGCAGGCAAUCACCACUCGCAAAGCUUUCCGCUCUAAUCUGAUUCAGGAUCAACAGCUCUUUACUCGGCCUUCGCUGCCUCAGCCAGUGCAGGAGACCUACCAAACCUGCAACGAGCCACCUCCACUCAGCAUCCUCAGUGUCUACAGGGAGGAUGGAAAGGAGGCACUCAAAUUCUACACUGACCCAUCCUAUUUCUUUGACCUGUGGAAAGAGCAGAUGCUACAAGACACCAAAGACAUCAUGAAAGAAAAACGGAAACAUAGGAAAGAGAAGAGAGAAAAUCCCAACCGGAGCAACCUGAACCCUCGUAAGAUCAAAACACGUAAAGAGGAAUGGGAACGUCGAAAGAUGGGAGAAGAGUUUGUUGUCCCUAAAUCUGACCUUCAUCAUUCUAGGGACAUGGUCAAUGGCAGCUUUGGGUCCGGUGAGGACAUGGGCACGCUAGACUCUGAGGGAUUUGACCAAAGCACUGCCUCCUACAGUUAUGAUCCUGGCUCCCCUCUCCCACCUCCAAUGCUGGAUGAUGAAGGUUUCCUGCCACCUCCUCCCCCAGAUAUGACGUAUAAUGAUGUGUCCUCACCGCAGAGACCAGUUAGCAUUAUAAGCCCUACCCAUCCUCCUCCAGCUCCUCCAACCUCUCCUCCUGGCCGCCCUUCAGUGGCGCCACCUGUUGCCCCACCUCCUCCCCCGCCCAUGGGGUUGGCUCCGCCCCCACCUCCCUUAGGAUUUGAUGCUCCUCCCUCUCCUCCUCCUCCUGCUUUUACCUCUGUUUCUCCCUCUGUUCCUCCACCACCACCCAUGGCUCCCAGUAUUCCAUCUCCACCCCCUCCUGCUGCUGGGAAUGGACCCCCACCUCCACCUCCGCCCCCUCCACCCCCAGGCCCACCACCAUGCUUUGCGCCAUCAGCUCCUGCUCCUCCUCCUUCAGGUGGGCUCUCAGCUGCUCCUGCCCCCAAGCCUCAGCCCGCCCCUGUUAGCGAUGGCCGGAGCGAUCUCCUAGCAGCUAUUCGCCAAGGCUUUAACCUACGUAAGGUGGAGGAGCAGAGAGAGCAGGAGAAGAGAGACUUCGUGGGCAAUGAUGUGGCAGCUAUCUUGUCUCGCCGUAUCGCUGUGGAGUGCAGUGAUUCUGAGGAUGAUUCCUCAGAGUUUGAUGAUGAGGAGUGGUCUGAAUAAGACUAUAAUGCAUGUCAUAAAAAUCAUUCCUGUUAGACCAAAACUAUUUGUUUCCCUUUAAUGAGGUCAACUACAGUAAAUGCGAAAUAGGGACACAGUGUGUGUGCUUGUGUGUGUGUGUGCGUGCAUGGUCUCUUCUGACUCAGAGUGAAUUAUUUAGAUGAUCAGCCUGCUCCUAUUUCAGAGUGCCUAUUCCUCUGUAAUGUAGCUAUGAAUGAGUAAAUUGAGCUAGAGAGAGACAGAGUUUUUCCUUUUAGCAUCUCAGUAUCAUAUCUGUAAAAGAUCGUUAUUAAUCACCUAAAGCUUUGCUUUGUUCGUACACCAAAGCCAAGUACGAUGCACAAUAUGAGGCAGUAAAUUAGAUAACUACUGUUAUCUUUUAUUUUCUUUUUGCUCUUAUGGGUACAUUUUCUCAUGGCAUUGGCUUUUAUUUAGAGCACUCCUUUCCCAGAGUGUAAAGCACAAGGAGCCUGAUUAAAUUUCUAAAGCUAAAAUAAAAAAAUAUAUAUAAAAAUAUGUAAUUUUUUUUUCUUUUACCAUCCUGUUGCCUUGGUAACUGAUCUUUGUCUAUUUAAGUGCUUUCAUUGUAUCUGUCCUCUGACCUUGGUGCCAUUUGUGGCAUUAUGUCAUUCUGUGUGAGUUCUUUCUUGUGUCCUUUCGCUGAUUCUUUGUCCACGGCUUGGGCUCCAAACUCUAUAUGGAUGUAGUGUUGUGAUCUUUUUGUAUCCAUGUAUGCCAAAGUCACAUAAGCCAAGAGGCUGGUAAAAGUGUUUCAAUUCACAUACAGUGGAAAGUGUAUUCAUUAGUUCAAAGUGCCUGCUUUAUGUAAGAUCAAUGCCCAAUGAAGCUUCUUGAUAUCAAAGAAUAAUGGACAAGGCAGAGACUGUGUUGUUUUAUAAUCUUUAGAUGCUUUUGCAGGCGUUAUCUUUUAUACCAUGGCCGCCCUACCUGCCUUUAAACAAUGGUGGUUUGUGUGUUUUUCUUACUUAUACCUCAGUGGAACAUUGCAUUCCUACCCAUAGGUUACCAUUGUAGUUAGUUAUGGUUAUGUCUUUGAGGGCAUUACAUUGAUCUGUUCAUCACUUUUAAUUCAAUCCUUUGCCUGCACUGUAGCAUAUAAAUAAUUACUUAAUAUGCAAAUCGGUGUAUUUUUUUUUUCUUCUAUGCUGAAAAUUUUACAUUCCAACAUGUAGCCAUGAUAACGAAGAUCAGGAGCAUUGACGUAGAACUGUUAGUACAUUUUUAACCAGACCAUUACUUUAUCCUAGUAUUACAGACAAAUAAACAGACAGCUGCCAGCCAAUCAAAGACUAGUAUUUUGGCCAUGGUAUGAUUUAGUUUAAGUGCCUAUUCCUUUUUUCCAGAAAUUAUGCAAUAUUUUGAAAUCAGUUUUUUUUUAUUGCGUAUGGUGCAUAUGGUUUAUAAUUGUAAAGCUUUUCUAUUGGUGGUUUAAUUAAAUAAAGGCCUCAAGUUACAAAA